AAGAUGUUUUGUUGGUACCUGGAAAAUUUCGAAUUGUUGAAGAUCUUGAUGAUAAUGGAAAAUCUUAUCCUAUCUUGAAGUCUUCUCUCUUAUUAAAUAUGAUGCCCGUUACUAAAGAAGCUCCUGUUAUUAGUGAAAAUUGUGUUACUGUUACUCUGACCAUUGAAACAAAAGAUUUUAUAGACCAAGACAAUAUGAAUCAAGAAUUCGAAUGUCACCAUUUGGUAUCCGCUUAA